CGCGGGUGCUGGAUCCCCUCGGUGCUCAGGGCGCUUCCAGCGCACCCUUCUGGAGGUGAUGCUCCGCCCCGCGCUGUGGGGAAACUGAGGCACGCCUUCUGCCGGGGUGGGGGGGGUGUCCCUCUUCUUCCCUCCCCGUUGCGGGCAGCUCCCGCCGCUCCCCCCCCCCUCCGCCGCCGGCACGGCCCCAGCGCCGCCAGCGGCAUUUCCUCCCGUCGCGGAGCCGCGCCGCCCGCGGACCCUCCUCCGAAGGGAGUCGGUUUCCUGCCGCCGCCGCCGCCCGGCACUCGGCGCUGGCUCCCGGGGAGCGGCCGCAGGCGGACAUGGGCCCCCGCGCCGCCCCGCUCCUGCCGCUGCUGCUGGCUCUGCUCGGCCACCCGGACCCCGGGAGAGCCGAGGGCUGCAACCUGCAGCCGGUGACAGCGGAGCCACCCAUUACCCUGUCCUACGCCACCAGCACGGUGCCGCGGGGCUGCGUCAGCAGUGGCUCUGUGGGCAACAGCCAUGAAGUCCACAUCCUCAGCGUCGAGUGGUCCAAGGACUCUGCCUUCCCGCUGAUGGUGUCCGUCACGCCGCGAGCCAGUGGCUGCUCCCGGUCAGCGGUGCUCGUCCUCCUGUGCGCCCGCUGCUCAGUCACCAUCACCUCCCUGUGCCCGGACCUGCUCAUCCGCACUGAUGCCCGCCUCAGCCCAGAGACCACUUUGGCACCAGGCCCCGAGCCACCUGCGGCCACCAGUGAGGAGCAGCUGCUGGCCUGGGCUCAGAGCACCUACCAGGGCAUCACAUCCUACAGCAAGCUGCGGGACCCCCACUGGGUCCAGCUCCACCUCGGAGAAGACACCGGCAGCCCCCAGGACUGCAUCCCCCAGGAGCACUUCAAUGCCACACUGCACCUUGAGACCAGAGUCAUCUUCCACGGGGUGAAGGGCUGCUCACGCGAGGACACCCAGAGCACCAGGGCCGCCCACAUCAUCCGCAUGGAGCCUGAGCCCAGCUCCCCCAUCACGGAGGUGAACCUGUCCCUGAGCUGUCCCAAGAGAGCCGGGAGCAACCAGAUCCUCAUCCUGCAGAGCCGGGCCAAUCUCACCUGGUCCCUCUCCGUCGACAACUGCCACAUCCAGUUCCUGGUCUCCGGGAACUACAAGAUCACGACCCUGUUCUCCCAGCUGAUCCCCGGGGAGCUCCUGCCUGACACAGAGCAGGGCCUCAUUGCCAAAGCCUUUGAGAAGAACUGCAGUGUCAUUGCCUCCUACUCGGUCAUCCCAGCCAGCACCCAUAUCAGCCUGGAGAUCCAGGAGCAUGAAGUGGUCAGGAGAGCACCUGUGACACCCGCUCCCUCCGCCCCCACCACCGACUUACUGUCCCGUGCGCUGCUGUUGAUGCUUCAGCCCUGGAAGUGCACGGAUGAAACCAUGGAGAUCGUCAUUGCCAGGUCCCACCUGGAGCCCAUCAAGGAGGUGGUGAACAUCACCCUGCGGGACAUCAGCUGCCAGGCAGAGAAAAAUGCCACGCACUUCAUGCUGAAAACCCCCCUCAGCCACUGUGGCACCUCACUGGAGGGCAGGGGCCACGCCAACAAUGAGCUCAUCCUCAGCCUGGCCAAGGGCACAGCACUCCGGAGUGUGCGGGUGGCCUUCCAGUGCAUGAUCCCACGGGAGCUCUUCCUGCGCCUCUUCCCCACUGCUGCCUUUGAGGCGCCACAGACAGAGCUGGAGGUCAACAAGGAGGCCUUUGUGCAGGCGUCCAUGCGGUGGGAGGACCACCCGUCCGACCUGCAGCUGAAGGAGUGCUGGCUGGCGGUACCGGGGCGGGAGCCGAUGCUGCUGGUGCAGGGCGGGGAGGCACACGGCGCGGGGGUGGCUGUGCUGGAGGGCCCCCCCAGCAGCCACGGGAGGAAGGUCUGGCGCUUCCGCUUCACCUACACCGUUCCCGAGGGCAGGCACGUCCCCCUCUCCGCCACCCUCAAGUGCAAGGCCGGCUUGCAGAACAACACCAUCUUUGAGAAGGUCCUGGAGGUGACGGUGAAGGACAGCUGGCGGCUGCCCAACAACCGUGGGCUGGGGCUGGCUGCCGUCCUGGGCAUCACCUUCGGCGCCUUCCUCAUCGGGGCGCUCCUCACCGCUGGGCUCUGGUACAUCUACUCGCACACCCGUCCCAUCUCCAAACUGCAGCCGGUUUCCAGCACAGCACCAGCCUCGGAGAGCAGCAGCACCAACCACAGUAUUGGCAGCACCCAGAGCACCCCCUGCUCCACCAGCAGCAUGGCCUGACCCCCCCCCCAGCACACCCAGCCCCCGGCUGCCAGACUUGGGGACCCACCCUGGCUCCAUUAAGCUGUUUUUUUUGCCCCAAAUCUUAGGCUGAGCCCGGAGGGGGCCUCCGUUACUCAUUCAGUGAAUGCUUUGGCCCUCGGAGGGCAGCCCAUGCCGGGGGGGGGGGGCACCCUGCAACCCCCCCUGGGGUCCACUGCUGCUGGGUGCACCGGGAGGUGGACAGAACAGCUAUUGCCAAAGCCCUCCCCCAAGGCUCCCCAUCAAAUGGGGGGGGGGGGCAAAAGUGGGUGCCCCCAGGUUGUGCCCCAGCACUUGGGGUGACCCCCACACCUUCCCGCAUCCCCCCAAGAAGACAGCAGGCACCACUAGGAGCAGCAAGAGGUUUAUUGAGGGGGGAAAAGGGGGGGUGCGAGGCGCUACUGCCCUCCCACAGGGCGAUGGGCAGCCCCCCCCCAGCUCCCUGUCCAAGUUACAAACUCUUAUUAAUAAUAAUAAAAAUCUUCUCUAUGUUAAA